GCGUAGGUAUUAAACUGAACCUUUGGGAGACGGUAAUCACACUUGAAGCAAUUAUUGGUGGAGUUAAGGUUAGAGUGAGGCAUCCAAAAGAAAGAUAAUUUGAAGCCACACCCUUUAACAAAUAUCAGUUCAGUUAUGUGAAAUCAGUGCUAGUCUUGCCUCCAAUGAAAAGGACUGAAGAAGUUCAGAACAAAGGGUAACUUGGGUUUACCUGGGAGUGUGCAGUGAACGAUUAGGCCUCUGGGUGUCGCUGUUGACCAUACAAGAAGAAAAGGCGCCGCUGAAGCGCAGCCCACCAUUUCCCUGCUGCAAAGAAACGCCAAGAAUAGUCUGAGAAGAGAGAAGCUGCUACCAAGCUCACCACAUCGUCAGCCAGCUCUGUGGUGUGUGAAUUAAGUCCAUGAAAGAUUUAACUCCUUGAGGGUGUAAGACUGGGACCCAUCGUGAGAAUUUAGAGGGAAAAAAAAAAAACAAGAAAGGAAAUGAUCCGCCUGGGACCAGGAACUGCCGGGGCCCUGGCUUUGCUGUGCGCGCUCCUGGGGACGCUGUGUGCGGCUGGCUACAGGCAGAUCCGCUACUCGGUGCCAGAGGAGCUGGACAAAGGCUCCUUCGUGGGCAACAUCUCCAAGGACCUGGGGCUGGAGCCCCGCGAGCUGGCGGAGCGCGGGGUCCGCAUCGUCUCCAGAGGUAGGUCGCAGCUUUUCUCUCUGAACCCGCGAAGUGGCAGCUUGGUCACCGCGGGGAGGAUAGACCGGGAGGAGCUGUGCGCCCAGAGCGCGCCCUGCCUCGUGAGCUUUAACAUCCUUGUGGAGGAUAAGCUUAAAAUAUUUGAGGUAGAAGUCGAAAUCAGCGAUAUUAAUGAUAAUGCACCUAGUUUUCCAACAGAGGAAUUGGAAAUAAAAAUUGGUGAAUUAACAGAUCCUGGGACUCAAUUUCCACUUAAAACUGCAUUUGACCCAGAUGUGGGCAUGAACUCUCUGCAGAACUAUAAGCUCAGCCCCAAUGACUACUUCUCCUUGGCUGUAAACAGUGUCACCGAUGACGCCAAGUACCCAGAGCUAGUGCUGGAGCGAGCCUUGGAUCGUGAGAAAAAGGCAGUUCAUCAGCUUGAUCUCAUUGCCUCUGAUGGUGGAGACCCUGUCCACACUGGCAAGUUGUGCAUCAAGGUGAUAGUCUUGGAUGCAAACGACAACCCGCCCGUGUUUACUAAGCCAGAGUACCAUGUCAGUGUUCUGGAAAAUGUGCCAGUGGGCACCCGACUGAUCACAGUGAAUGCCACUGAUCCUGAUGAGGGAUUCAACGCUCAAGUGUCCUAUAUUCUAGAUAAAAUGCCUGGAAAAAUUGCUCAGGUUUUCCAUCUCAAUUCAGUGACCGGAGAUAUAUCAAUAUUAAAAAGUCUCGAUUAUGAGGAUGCUGUGUUCUAUGAAAUCAAAAUUGAAGCACAAGAUGGACCAGGUCUUUUUUCAAGAGCCAAGAUUCUUGUCACGGUUCUGGAUGUGAAUGACAAUGCCCCAGAAGUUUCAGUCACUUCCCUCACGGGCUCAGUCCCAGAAGAAGCCCCUGCUGGAAGAGAAAUCGCUCUUAUCAAUGUGCAUGACCGAGAUUCUGGCCAGAAUGGGCACGUCACGGUUUUUGUCCGAGGAAAUCUGCCUUUUACUCUAGAAAAAUCAAUAGACCAAUACUACCGCUUAGUGACAGCCAAAUCUCUGGAUCGUGAACAGGUGUCUCAAUACAAUAUCAGUCUAAGAGCCACCGAUGGGGGAAACCCACCGCUGUCCACGGAAACUCAUAUCACUCUGCAUGUGUCAGACAUCAACGACAACCCUCCUACCUUCACACACGCCUCCUAUUCAGCCUAUAUUCCAGAAAACAAUCCUAGGGGAGCCUCCAUCUUCUCCGUUACAGCACUAGACCCAGACACGGACAAGAACGCACAAAUCACGUACUCGUUGGCUGAGGACACACUUCAGGGGGUGCCACUGUCAUCCUACAUCUCCAUCAACUCCAAUACCGGUGUCCUGUAUGCCCUUUGCUCCUUUGAUUAUGAGCAAUUUAGAGACCUGCAGUUGCAGGUGACUGCUAGCGACAGCGGGAACCCUCCACUCAGCAGUAACACGACACUGAGUCUGUUUGUGCUGGACCAGAAUGACAACAUGCCUGAAAUCCUUUACCCUGCCCUCCCAGUAGAUGGCUCCACUGGUGUUGAGUUGGCGCCCCGCUCUGCAGAUCCUGGAUACCUCGUGACCAAAGUGGUGGCGGUGGACAAAGACUCGGGACAGAACGCCUGGCUGUCCUACCGUCUGCUCAAGGCCAGCGAACCAGGACUCUUCUCGGUGGGGCUGCACACGGGCGAGGUGCGCACCGCGCGGGCCCUGCUGGACAGAGAUGCGCUCAAGCAGAGCCUGGUGGUGUCUGUGCAGGACCACGGCCAGCCUCCUCUCUCCGCCACUGUCACGCUCACCGUAGCAGUGGCUGACAGCAUUCCUGACAUCCUGGGGGACCUGGAAAGCAUCCAUGCCCCUGCUAAUCCCAAAGAUUCAGACCUCACGCUCUACCUGGUGGUGGCGGUGGCGGUGGUCUCCUGCAUCUUCCUGGCCUCUGUCAUCGUGCUGCUGGCGCUCAGGCUGCGGCGCUGGCACUCACUGCGCCUGCUCCGGGCUUCAGGAAAUGGAUUGGCUGGCAUGCCAGCCUCUCACUUUGUGGGUCUGGAUGGGGUGCAAGCUUUCCUGCAGACCUAUUCCCAGGAAGUUUCCCUCACCGCAGGCUCUAGGAAGAGUCACCUGAUCUUUCCACAACCCAACUAUGCAGACACGCUCAUCAGCCAGGAGAGCUGUGGAAAAAGCGAGCCUCUUAUAACAUCUCAAGAUUUACUUGAAACCAAAGAAGGCCCCAACCUGCUUGAGGUGAGUUUAUUUCUUUGAGUGUUAUGAACAUUCAUGUCGGUGUGGUAUAAAACCUUAAGACACAUUUAUUUGAGAAGUACAGCAACAAUGAAAUUGUACACUCUGUUUUCUCUACCUGUGUCCCACUUGCCUGUGAGGAGAGUGUACU